AUGAGUGAAAAGUUCCACUGCCGUAUGUACGAAAAUGAGCUUCCCAAGGUGGAUGACGUUGUCAUGGUAAACGUUCGACAGAUUGCCGACAUGGGUGCCUACGUCAAACUGCUCGAAUAUGGAGAUAGAGAGGGCAUGAUUUUGCUUUCCGAAUUGUCUAGACGACGUAUUCGUUCGGUUCAGAAACUGAUUCGCGUUGGACGAAAUGAAGUCGUCGUUGUUCUUAGAGUGGAUGAAGAAAAGGGUUAUAUUGAUUUGUCGAAGCGUCGUGUCACGCCCGAAGAUAUCGCUAAAUGUGAAGAACGUUUCAACAAGUCCAAGGCAGUUCACUCGAUCCUUCGUCACGUUGCAGAAAAGCACGAUAUUGCACUCAAGGAACUCUACGAAAGCAUCGGCUGGCCAUUAUAUAAGAAGUUUGGUCACGCAUAUGAUGCCUUUAAACUUGCCAUUACCGACUCGACACCGGUAUUCGAAGGCAUGGAUAUCAGCCCAGAAAUUAUGAACGAAUUGGUGUCAAACAUCAAGCGUAGAAUGACUCCUCAACCCGUCAAGAUCCGAGCACAACUCGAUUUGAGAUGCACUGGUAUCGACGGUGUCAAUGCAAUCAAGAGCGCCUUAACGGCAGGUGAAGCAGUGUCGACCGAAAGUGUUCCUAUCAAGGUGACAUACCUCGCAGCACCCUUCUACGUUGUUACUGCAGACGCUUUGGACAAAACGACCGGUUUCGAAGUGAUGGAAUUGGCCAUCAAUGCCAUCAAGGACACCUUAGAGUCGCACAAAUGGUCCCGGUUCAAGGUCGAAAAGGAGGCCAAGUUGGUAUCGGAGACGGAUGAUCGUGAUUUCGCUGCUCUGAUGGCACAGGCUGAGAAAGAGAACGAGUUGGUCAGUGGUGACGAGGACGAAGGCGACGGUGUGGCUGCUAGCGAUGACGACAUGUAA